CUAAAUUACCUGUAUGCCUACGUAGACCGACAAUCAGAUCUCAUCGAUCUUACGAGAUGUUUUGUCAAACUCAAUGUGGGUUUCAAGACCACAGGAAAUGCCAAUCUCACAUCUUGCGCUGAUGCAGUGGCUACUAUGCUCACUCUGGCCAACAACAUUGUUCAAACUCUCCUCUAGCAGAUAAAUUGUACGGCCAAUGGCACGCUACUCACAGAACAAGUGGACAUCUACCAUCUCAAAGCUUAUUUUCAGACUCUACUGAACUUUGACAGAGAUGAUGAAGAAACCAUUCUCCAAUGUCAAAGGUGGAGGAACAAAAUCGAUUCUCCAGCUACCUACACAGCCAAUAAUGUCAGGACUAAUCAUGCCGAUUUUGAUGCCCUUUCUGCCAAUCACCAAGCUAGCAUAAAGUUGCAGAAAGCAGAUGCGAGAAAUUAUUAUGCAGAAGGAAAAAGAACUUUGAGAAUGAAACCGUUUGUGGACGUGUUUCAACAAGGAAAAUGGAUCGUACCCAGAACACUUUUGGAAUUUGAAUUCUAUCUAAAUGCAACAGCCCUGUUCAUGAAUGGAGAAGCCAAUCCACCUAACGAGGCAGCCAGGGUAAGCCCAGAAGACAUGAAACUUGCCUUCUACCUCUGCCUGGUCACAUUCAACCCCUCUGUCUACAAUGAACUGAUGCUUACUAUGUCCAAAACCCCAGCCAAGUAUCCCAUGAUCUACACAGAAAUGAGACAGUUUCCUUUGGACAAUGGAGCCACCUCCAUGGGCAAUAACAAUUCGCAAAAGUCAAGGACUUACCUUGCCUAA